AUGCUCAGCCCCCUUGCCCGGGCACUGUUGGUCCCGGUGCCGGUGGAUAUUCGCGGUACCGGCUCGGUGUCGGGCUGGGAGAGGCACCGGGGCGUUGCCAGGGAUACCGGUGCCGGUGGAUGCCGGCGGUACCGGGGCUGCCGGGCUGGGGCGUGGCUGCUGCUGCCGGUCCUGGUGCCGCUGGAUGCCGGUGGGGAGUUACCGGUGCCGGUGCCAGCGGGUGCCGGUGGGGAGCUCCCGGUCUCGGUCUCGGUCCCGAUGGCGCUGCCGGUGCCGACUCUGCCAGAACUGUCUGUGAGCACCAGCUGCACCGGGGCCAGGUGGGGGGCUGAGCCUGCCUCCCUUUUCCAUCACCCAUCCCAGACUCUCAGGACCAACAGUGUGCACACGCGUGUGCACGUUCAUGUGUGUGCACACGCGUGUGUGUGCCCGCACAGCUGCUCCACCCCGGCCUCGAGCUCACAGCAUCCCCGGUGUGCCCGCCCCGUGCCCCCUGCCCCGGCCACCACCCCCUGCCAGCCCCGUGCGGGACCGGAGCGUCCCCUCCGCGCGGUCCCCAGCGCCGUGUCAUGUCCGAUCAGCGGCCAGGCGGGUGCCUGGGGCGAGGGGCUUUGUGCUGGGCCAGCGUGGCUGCACAAACCCCCCCGGCCGCGCUGGCCGAGCCCAUUCAGCUCCAGCGGCCUGCGGCUAAUCCGAGCUGAUGCCUGGCUGUCGGGGGUUUUUUGGGAAAAGCCCAGCUCCCCGCUCCGCUGGGUCAGCGGGGCACCCCUCCUAAGAGACCCCCGGCUUGUCCCGCCCGGCAGGUUCCUGCGGGACGAUUACUCCAUCCAGGUGGCCAUCAAUGACUACCUGGACAUCUACUGCCCGCACUACGAGGGCGCGGUGCCCGCCGGCCGGGCUGAGACCUUCACGCUCUUCAUGGUGGAUCGGGAGGGUUACCGCGGCUGCUACGAGACCCCCGGCGCCUUCAAGCGCUGGGAGUGCAACCGGCCCCGGGCGCCCUUCGGGCCCGUGCGGUUCUCUGAGAAGAUCCAGCGUUUCACCCCCUUCUCACUCGGCUUCGAGUUCCAGCCGGGGGAGACCUACUACUACAUCUCCGUGCCCAGCCCCGAGAGCGCCGGGCGAUGCCUGAAGCUGCGCGUCACCGUCUGCUGCCGAGGCACCACGCCAGAGCCGGUGACAGAGGUGCCGAAUUCGCAGCCCCGAGGGCGCGGGGGGCCCGAAGAUGUGGCUCCUGCCCGGGGCACCGCGGUGCCAUCGCAGCCCUGCAGCCCAUGCCUGGCGCUCGUGCUCCUGGCCCUGCUCUGGAUCUGACCCCGGCGCUGCCCCUGGCGGGGGGAUGGGCUCCUCUGCCCCAACGCCGCUUC